GAUGAUGAAAAAAUCUUCAGAAUGUAAGAAUCAAUUAGUAUUCAAGUUUUUAAGAAAGUGGAUAUUUUUGGGUAAAACAUACAAUUGAAUUUUAAUGGAGAGAAUCAGUACCAAACUGCAGUUGGUGGGCUAUUCUCUCUUGCAAUUAUUGCUGUUAUAGGAUUCUUCUUUCAAUAGAACAUCGUUAACUUUUUGAACAGAGAUGUAAUAAAUCUGAACACUCAGACAAUCUUCGAUUCCAAUCCAGAUAGAAUAGAAUUAAACGACAACAAUUAUAUGUUCGCGAUCGCAGUUGAAUAACCUGAAUUCAACACUUAGCCUUUUUUCAACCUCACUCUCAAAUAACGCAGAUACAUAAGAUCUUCGGAUGGAACCAUAAACAAAAGUGAUACUUUCAUCGAUCUCAUCCCAUGCACUGAAGAUCGGUUCCAAAACAUUUUUAAGAAUUAGAAUUUCACCCCCCAGUUUUCUUCGCUCAAUCUCUAGGAAUGGUUAUGUCCUCAAUAUAACUACUCUAUCAUAUUAAGUGGCGGUUACACAAGUGACCUUUUUGAGUUCGUCAAAAUAGCCGUGAGCGACUGCUCCAAUAAUACAGCAUCCAAUUCCCUCUUGUCUUGGAAACCCCAAUGUGCAAGUUCCCAAACCAGAGACAAAUAUCUCUAGCAAGAGCGUUCUUUUAGAAUCAAAAUGUAAGUUGUUCUUUACUCAAUUUUAGGUACAUGACUAAUAUUGUAAUCAACCCAUUACAAGUGUAGAAUAUGUCCCAAGUCUUUUUGGACGAUGAGUCCUUUUUCUCCUUCCUGAUUCAAACAGGCACCGAAACCGAUGUCUUUUAUCAGAAAUACAACAUCACCACCGACGACAACAUUUUCCCCUAUCUCAAAGAACUGCAGGAAAACGUCUUCAAUGUGAAAAAAGCCGGAGACUUCAAAACCAGCACUGUACAAAACAACGGACAACAAUAUUCAGCCAUCUACAUGAGGAGAAGUCCCUACACCUACGUUAUCAAAAGGGAUUUCUAGGAUAUUGCAGAUUUACUCUCUUAUCUUGGAGGAUUUGCAAAUAUCGUUGCUCUUAUCUUCGGAGUCCUCAUCAAAUCCUAUAACAAAUCUAGAUGUAACUGUUUGGUUCAUUUCUCUAGUCAUGAUAGACUUGGCCAAUUAGAUUUACGAUUUUCCAAUUAAGAAUGAUACUCAAGCAGAAACUCAACAGAGAAGAGAAAUCAAGAAAACCAUAGCCAGGGCUAAAAGCAGAACCAUCAUUAUUAAUAAACAAUAAGAAUAACCUUAAGAUCAAGAUCUGUAAUCUCAAAUGCAAUCUCCUAAAUACACGCUAAAUUAAAAAUUAAUCUUGAAUGAUACAACGAAAAAAGAAGACCAAUAUGCAUCCAAACAGGAUGAAAUAUACCCAGCCAAGACAGAAUUAAUCAUUACCCAUCGACAAGAAGAAUAGCGUUUAUUCUAGUAAGAACAAGAAUAAAUUAUUAAAUAACUUGGAAUUAGUGAUCGAAAGAGUUACUUAACUCAGUAAAUCUAAAAGAUAUUAAAUCGAAGCAAACCCAUUCUAUUCAACUAUAAAUAUAUUCUCUCCAGUAUCUUUUGCUCUAAAUUAUUUUCGGAUCGCAACAGCAUUCUUCUCCAAAAAGCCAUGUAAGUGCAGUUUAUAGACAAUUUAGAUAAAAGAUUAAUAAAGAUUUGGAUCUCUGCGUUAUCAUCGACAAAGUCAAAGAAAUUAACCUAUUGAAAGAACUCUUGUUAACUCAAGAUUAGUUAAUGUUGUUUGAUUUUGCUCCUAAACAGGCGAUCAAUCUUUCGGAAGAACAAUAAUGCAUGACUCGAAGUCUUGUAAGAAGGACCUUGGAGAGUGUCAGAACAAAUUCCACUCAACUGGAAUGCUAUCAUUAAGAUGAAUCACUUAAUGCUUACUAUAAGUUAUUCUAGGUGACAAUGACUAUAUAUAAUGUAGGCCUACGAUCAUAUUCAUUAAUCAUUGCAAUAGAGUAACAAAAUUAAUGAAAAGUUGAUCGAAAAAUUAGGACAAGAAGUCAGAGACAUUUUUGAAGUGUCCCACUUUAUCCAAUGGGAAAAGAGUUAAAUUAAAAUGGACAAAGAGGACGUUUAAUGUGAUUCCGUUAAUUCAGAUCCCCUUUCCAUUAAUAAUAUUGAAUAAAUAAAGAUCAAUUUGAAAGUCAAGUAGUGA